GUGCGUGGCGCGCGCGAGCGGCGGAGAAUCAGGAAGUCACCGCGGCGAAGCGCACAGACAUGUUUGAUCGCCGUGACAUGACGCGCGCGAGGGAGGAAGAGGAGGCGGCGGGGGCAGAGCCGCGGGCACCGGCCUAAGCCGUGGUGCACACCCCCCCCCCCGCGCUCCCUCCCCGCCCCAGGCGCCGCCAGCCCGAGCCCCGGGCCAUUCCCUGUAGCCCAGCUUAGUGUCACUCUGCUGACUGGCAGAGCCAGGAGAAGUAGAUGUCCACACCCACAGACCCAGCUGCAAUGCCCCAUCCUGGGCCCUCACCAGGGCCUGGACCCUCGCCUGGACCAAUUCUGGGGCCUAGUCCAGGACCAGGACCAUCCCCAGGUUCCGUUCACAGCAUGAUGGGACCCAGUCCUGGACCCCCCAGUGUCUCCCAUCCUAUGUCAACAAUGGGCUCUGCAGACUUCCCCCAGGAAGGCAUGCAUCAGAUGCACAAGCCCAUGGACGUGAUACAUGACAAGGGGAUUGUAGACGACGUCCACUGUGGAUCCAUGAAGGGCACCAGCAUGCGCCCACCACACCCGGGAAUGGGCCCUCCCCAGAGCCCGAUGGAUCAGCACAGCCAAGGUUAUAUGUCACCACAUCCCUCUCCUUUGGGAGCCCCAGAGCACGUCUCCAGCCCUUUAUCUGGAGGAGGCCCAACUCCACCCCAGAUGCCACCGAGCCAGCCAGGGCCACUCAUCCCAGGAGAUCUGCAGGCCAUGAACCAGCCUAACAGAGGUCCCUCACCUUUCAGUCCUGUCCAGUUGCAUCAGCUUCGAGCUCAGAUUUUAGCUUACAAAAUGUUGGCCAGGGGCCAGCCCCUCCCUGAAACGCUGCAGCUUGCAGUCCAGGGAAAAAGGACCUUGCCUGGCAUGCAGCAGCAGCAGCAGCAGCAGCAACAACAGCAGCAGCAACAGCAACAGCAGCCUCAGCAACAACAGCAGCAGCCCCAGCAGCCUCAGCAGCAGGCGCAGGCGCAGCCACAGCAGCAGCAGCCAGCCCUUGUUAGCUACAACAGACCAUCUGGCCCUGGGCAGGAGCUGCUGCUGAGUGGCCAGAGCACGCCACAGAAGCUGUCAGCCCCGGCAGCCAGCGGCCGACCCUCGCCUGCACCCCCAGCCGCUGCCCAGCCCACGGCCACAGCUGUACCCGGGCCCUCGGUGCAGCAGUCGGCUCCAGGGCAGCCAUCUCCGGUCCUGCAGCUGCAACAGAAGCAGAGCCGUAUCAGCCCCAUCCAGAAACCGCAAGGCCUCGACCCUGUGGAGAUCCUGCAGGAGCGAGAGUACAGACUUCAGGCUCGCAUAGCUCAUAGGAUACAAGAACUGGAAAGUCUGCCUGGCUCGUUGCCACCAGAUUUACGAACCAAAGCCACUGUGGAACUGAAGGCGCUUCGGCUACUCAAUUUCCAACGGCAGCUGAGACAGGAGGUGGUGGCCUGCAUGCGGAGGGAUACCACCUUGGAGACGGCCCUCAAUUCCAAAGCUUACAAGCGGAGCAAGCGCCAGACCCUGCGAGAGGCGCGCAUGACGGAGAAACUGGAGAAGCAGCAGAAGAUAGAGCAGGAGAGGAAGCGUCGGCAGAAGCACCAGGAAUACCUGAACAGUAUUUUGCAACAUGCAAAAGAUUUUAAGGAAUAUCAUCGGUCUGUGGCUGGGAAGAUCCAGAAGCUGUCCAAAGCAGUGGCCACUUGGCAUGCUAACACCGAAAGGGAGCAAAAGAAGGAGACGGAGCGGAUUGAGAAGGAGAGGAUGCGGAGGCUGAUGGCUGAAGACGAAGAGGGCUACAGGAAGCUCAUUGACCAAAAGAAAGACAGACGCUUGGCUUACCUUCUGCAGCAGACUGAUGAGUAUGUGGCCAAUCUGACCAACCUGGUUUGGGAGCACAAGCAGGCCCAGGCAGCCAAAGAGAAGAAGAAGAGGAGGAGGAGGAAGAAGAAGGCUGAAGAGAAUGCAGAGGGAGGGGAGUCUGCCCUGGGACCAGAUGGAGAGCCGAUAGAUGAAAGCAGCCAGAUGAGUGACCUGCCUGUCAAAGUGACACACACAGAAACUGGCAAGGUCCUCUUUGGACCAGAAGCACCCAAAGCAAGUCAGCUGGAUGCCUGGCUGGAGAUGAAUCCUGGCUAUGAAGUUGCACCCAGAUCCGAUAGUGAAGAGAGUGACUCUGACUACGAGGAAGAGGAUGAAGAGGAGGAGUCCAGCAGGCAGGAAACGGAAGAGAAGAUACUGCUGGAUCCAAACAGCGAAGAAGUUUCCGAAAAGGAUGCCAAGCAGAUCAUUGAGACUGCGAAACAGGAUGUGGACGACGAAUACAGCAUGCAGUACAGCGCCAGGGGGUCACAGUCCUACUACACGGUGGCUCACGCCAUCUCUGAGAGGGUAGAGAAGCAGUCUGCCCUCCUCAUUAACGGCACCCUGAAGCAUUACCAGCUCCAGGGCCUGGAAUGGAUGGUGUCGCUGUAUAAUAACAAUCUGAAUGGAAUCUUGGCUGAUGAAAUGGGGCUAGGCAAGACCAUCCAGACCAUUGCACUCAUCACCUACCUGAUGGAGCACAAAAGACUCAAUGGUCCCUAUCUCAUCAUUGUUCCCCUCUCGACUCUGUCUAACUGGACAUAUGAAUUUGACAAAUGGGCUCCUUCUGUGGUGAAAAUUUCUUACAAGGGUACCCCUGCCAUGCGACGCUCCCUUGUCCCCCAGCUACGGAGUGGCAAAUUCAACGUCCUCCUGACUACUUAUGAGUACAUUAUAAAAGACAAGCACAUUCUUGCAAAGAUUCGGUGGAAAUACAUGAUUGUGGAUGAAGGCCACCGCAUGAAGAACCACCACUGCAAGCUGACCCAGGUCCUCAAUACACACUACGUUGCCCCCAGAAGGAUCCUUUUGACGGGGACCCCGCUACAGAAUAAGCUUCCUGAACUCUGGGCCCUCCUCAACUUCCUCCUCCCUACAAUCUUCAAGAGUUGCAGCACAUUCGAACAGUGGUUCAACGCUCCGUUUGCCAUGACUGGCGAAAGGGUGGACUUGAAUGAAGAAGAAACUAUCUUGAUCAUCAGGCGUCUACACAAGGUGUUGAGACCCUUUUUACUGAGGAGACUGAAGAAAGAGGUUGAAUCUCAGCUUCCAGAAAAGGUUGAGUAUGUCAUCAAGUGUGACAUGUCAGCUCUGCAGAAGAUUUUGUAUCGUCACAUGCAGGCCAAGGGGAUCCUCCUCACAGACGGUUCUGAGAAAGAUAAGAAGGGGAAAGGAGGUGCCAAGACACUUAUGAACACUAUCAUGCAGCUGAGAAAAAUAUGCAACCACCCAUAUAUGUUCCAGCACAUUGAGGAGUCGUUUGCUGAACACCUGGGCUAUUCAAAUGGGGUCAUCAAUGGGGCUGAGCUGUAUCGGGCCUCGGGAAAGUUUGAGCUACUUGAUCGUAUUCUGCCCAAAUUGAGAGCGACUAACCACCGCGUGCUGCUUUUCUGCCAGAUGACGUCUCUCAUGACCAUCAUGGAGGAUUACUUUGCUUUUCGGAACUUCCUUUACCUGCGCCUUGAUGGCACCACCAAGUCUGAGGAUCGCGCUGCUUUGCUGAAAAAAUUCAAUGAACCCGGGUCCCAGUAUUUCAUUUUCUUGCUGAGCACACGAGCUGGGGGCCUGGGCUUAAAUCUUCAGGCCGCGGACACGGUGGUCAUCUUUGACAGCGACUGGAAUCCUCAUCAGGAUCUGCAGGCCCAAGACCGAGCUCACCGCAUCGGCCAACAAAAUGAGGUCCGGGUGCUGAGACUCUGCACUGUCAACAGUGUCGAGGAGAAGAUUCUCGCAGCUGCCAAAUACAAGCUGAAUGUGGAUCAGAAGGUUAUCCAGGCCGGCAUGUUUGAUCAGAAGUCAUCCAGCCAUGAGCGGAGAGCAUUCCUUCAGGCCAUAUUGGAGCAUGAAGAGGAGAAUGAGGAAGAAGAUGAAGUACCCGAUGACGAGACCCUGAACCAAAUGAUUGCUCGCCGGGAAGAAGAGUUUGAUCUUUUUAUGCGCAUGGACAUGGACCGGAGGAGGGAGGAUGCCAGAAAUCCAAAGCGUAAGCCUCGCCUGAUGGAGGAAGAUGAGCUGCCUUCCUGGAUUAUUAAGGAUGACGCUGAAGUGGAGAGGCUCACCUGUGAAGAAGAGGAGGAGAAGAUAUUUGGUAGAGGUUCUCGCCAGCGCCGGGAUGUGGACUACAGCGACGCCCUCACCGAGAAGCAGUGGCUCCGGAUUGCUCGAACCAGCUGUUUGACCCCAGCAUGGCCCCCUUUGUUCGAGUUCAGCAGGGCCAUCGAAGACGGCAAUUUGGAAGAAAUGGAAGAGGAAGUACGGCUUAAGAAGAGAAAAAGACGAAGAAAUGUGGAUAAAGAUCCUGUGAAGGAAGAUGUGGAAAAAGCGAAGAAAAGAAGAGGCCGCCCUCCAGCUGAGAAACUGUCACCAAACCCCCCAAAACUAACGAAGCAGAUGAACGCCAUCAUUGAUACUGUGAUAAACUACAAAGACAGGUGUAACGUGGAGAAGGUGCCCUGUAAUUCUCAGUUGGAAAUAGAAGGAAACAGUUCAGGGCGACAGCUCAGUGAAGUCUUCAUUCAGUUACCUUCCAGGAAAGAGUUACCAGAAUACUAUGAAUUAAUUAGGAAGCCAGUGGAUUUCAAAAAGAUAAAGGAAAGAAUUCGAAACCAUAAGUACCGGAGCCUGGGUGACCUGGAAAAAGAUGUCAUGCUUCUCUGUCACAAUGCACAGACAUUCAACUUGGAGGGAUCCCAGAUCUAUGAAGACUCCAUUGUCCUACAGUCAGUAUUUAAGAGUGCUCGGCAGAAAAUCGCCAAAGAAGAAGAGAGCGAGGAAGAAAGCAAUGAGGAGGAGGAGGAAGAUGAUGAAGAGGAGUCUGAGUCAGAGGCAAAGUCUGUGAAGGUGAAAAUCAAGCUCAAUAAAAAAGAAGAGAAAGGCCGGGACACGGGGAAAGGCAAGAAAAGGCCCAAUCGAGGCAAAGCCAAACCUGUGGUGAGCGACUUUGACAGCGACGAGGAGCAGGACGAGAACGAACAGUCAGAAGCAAGUGGGACUGAUGAUGAGUGAGCGGUGUGGCCUUGAGCUGACCACGACAGAACUGAAGACUCCCUCCCCGACCCCUUCUCUCCCUUCUCCCCAGUGAGUUCAUUUGCCCUUUGGGCACUGGGUUAUUUCUCCGUCCUCAUUGUCAUCUAGAACUAGCUUUAGGAUAGUGCCAGACAAACAUAUGAUAUCAUGGUGUAAAGAAAACAAAACAAAACACGUGUGUACACACACACACACACACACACACACACACACACACACACACACACGAAUAUUUGUAACAUAUUGUGACCAAAUGGGCCUCAAAGAUUCAAAGAUUAAAAACAAACGGAAGCUUUUGAUGGAAAAGACGUGGGUGGAUAGUAUAUUUCUACAGGUGGGCCGGAUUCGGUAGCAGUCGGAUGUGCUUGCCUCUGUCAUCUGCCCUGACGAGAAGAUUGUUAUCGUCCGCAGCGCUGAUGAUCGGGAGAAGCCACUAAAAGCCACUGGCUAUUUUAUUUUUCAUCAGGCAAUUUUCAAGAUUUCCAUUUGUUCAGUAUUGUUUUUGUUUGUUGUUUGUUUUUUACACUGUGGUACAUAUAAGCAACUUUACUAGGUGACAAAUGUACAGUAGUUAGAUAUCACCUACAUAUACAUUUUUCCAUUUUAUGCUCUAUGAUCUGAAGAACAAAAAAAAAAGCUUUUUGACUUGUAUAAGAUUUACGUCUACUGUAAACAUUGCAGAAGUUUUUUUUUUUUCUUUUGCUCUUUUGACAAUGCUAUUGACUAUUUACAGUGUCUAGAGUGUCCCAAUGGCUUCUUUGGUCCACCUGAGCUCCUGUGUUACCAAUGUGUAUGGUCUCCUUCUCCCUAAAGUGUACUUAAUCUUUGCUUUCUUUGCACAAUGUCUUUGGUUGCAAGUCAUAAGCCUGAGGCAAAUAAAAUUCCAGUAAUUUCAAAGAACGUGGUGUUGGUACUUUGCUAAUAAACCGAUAACUUACCUUGA